UUCCUGCCAAACCUGAUGGUGUGGCUAAAGUUAGCCCCCUAUGGGCUAGUAUAUAAGGCCCCAGGCAUUCAAUACCUACAUGUCAGUCACAUCGGCUUGGCGUAGGCUUCUCUUCUUGACCAACAACAACCUCACAAACUUGAGAGAUGGCACCCAAGAAAGCCAAGAGGAGGCAGCAGCAGGGUGAGGGUGGAUCCUCCAACGUGUUCUCCAUGUUCGAGCAGAGCCAGAUCCAGGAGUACAAGGAGGCUUUCACAAUCAUCGACCAGAACAGAGAUGGCAUCAUCAGCAAGGACGACCUCAGGGACGUGCUGGCCACCAUGGGUCAGCUGAAUGUGAAGAAUGAGGAGCUGGAGGCCAUGGUGAAGGAGGCCAGCGGCCCCAUCAACUUCACCGUGUUCCUGACUAUGUUCGGCGAGAAGCUGAAGGGUGCUGAUCCUGAGGACGUCAUCCUGAGCGCUUUCAAGGUCCUGGACCCCGAGGGCACUGGCACCAUCAAGAAGGAAUUCCUCGAGGAACUCUUGACCACCCAGUGCGACAGGUUCACCGCUGAGGAGAUGAAGAACCUCUGGGCUGCCUUCCCCCCUGAUGUGGCUGGCAACGUUGACUACAAGAACAUCUGCUACGUCAUCACACACGGAGAGGACAAGGAGGAAUAAAUCCUCGACAUCUCUACCUCUGUUGAAACCCACACUUGUCCAUACCCUUAAUUCUUCCUCCUCUCCACCAAUGAAACAUCUUCCUCGCACACACUCGCACCCGGGUCGGCUCUUUCUUCUUAUGAAAAGACUUGUCUCCUCUAUCGAGAUGUUCAGUGAGAGGACGGGAGGCUGUGGGGGUGUUUGUGUGUGAGUACCAACAGGGGAACAUGGGAUUAUUUUCAAUAAAAAAUAAUCUUGUGACACCGAAACGCUCUCUCUAUCUCUGUCCCUGCCUCUUCUUCCUCCAUCUUUUCCCUCCCCUACUCGCCCAUGACUCAUUCUGUCCUCCUGUGUUGAGGCCAACAGUGCAUGCAUCAUACCUACAUAUAUAUGCAUAUGCAGUUCAGUGUGGUUGGUCAAAAUGUCUCUUGGGUGCUGUGGUGCAUGCACAAUCACUUGCUUGAAACAGGCGAGCAGUCUGGCCCCGGCGGUCUGUUAGUCUCAACCGGGCACAGAGUGUUUAAUGGAUCCCUCCUUCUGUUUGUACCGGCCAGGAGUGCACAGUAAAAGAGUGGGAGUACUGCGCUAUAAUAGUUUGCCUACCCCUCUCUUUUAUUUAGACACUCUCUUAAACACAGGUAUGAAAGGAAAGGUUACAGUAAUAAGAGGAAAGCACGAUUUAAAAAAUCUUGUAAAUAGAGAAAGAGAUGGUGAAAGAGGGUGGUUGGGUGGGCGGCAUAAAAAAGCUAAACAAAAGCAAAACAGCUUUGUUUUUGAUUUUUCUUUCCACCCCACCUCACCCUACUGCUGUUUCCACUCCUGCUGUUGUGACUGUGUCUGUGUCUCCACUGUAACAAAUAAAGAAGUACAAAUAAAAUCCACUAUCUUUCGUACCA